AUGUCCGGUGACCCCUUUUCCCGCAAGUCCAGUAGUCCACAGUCAUCGACCGAAGUAUCGUCUCUACAGGUCAAUCGAUCGAAGAACAAAGAAGAUCUCGAGAAACGAUUAAAAUGCCGACCUCCGGUCAAGGAUUUGAUCAAUCAAGGCAUUCUUCUGAAUCCUUCCAUAUCACACCCGGAUAAAGUUCGCCAGCUGCAGCGUGCUAGGACAAGCGAUAUACUCAAGCAUAAGAUCGAGAGAAGACCAGAUCGUCAAUCUUUGAUCAACCGGCGCAUUAUUCGCGAGCGCGAUUUUGAGUUUGACCGGGAGACGAGUCUUCCGGCGAGUGGUCAGGUGGAUAUUGAAGCGGGUGCGUACACUGGUAUGGUGCAUGCCGUUCCUGUUUCGUUUCUACACUGCGAUAGAAACAGAAAGAAGUCUUCCACCGAAGAGGCCCAGCGAGCACGUACCAAAAGAUAA